AUGGAGCAGAUUAUCCCGGAACCCCAUUCCGUGAAUCCAUCUUGCCAUCGUCUUUCGCCUGGGGCCGAGCAUCCCCUGUCUCUCUCCAGACUCUUGAGCAUCUCGCAGUUUGCCGCCAUUGUCGACGGUCUGAUUCGCACGUGCAGUGACCACGAGGAAGUGCAUCACACGUCCCGACAAUCAUGGCCAUCUGAGAUUCUGGUCCGAAUCUGUCAAGGACCAACCCAGCUUCUCAUCUCGUUCAAAAGCUUCGCACCACACUUUGCGAGACAAGCAACCAGUCAAGGCGAAGAAGUCUCAGAAGGGUCCAACCAGGUUGAGCAUCUCCGCAGCCAUCUGCCCCACUCUCUCAUCACCUCAAACAAGGGUACUAUUGCACCAUCGCCAAGUUGCGGAAGCUGA